GUCAGUAUCCUCUAGCCAGUAGGGAUGCUGCGCAAAGGCAGUAUUACUGCGCAAGCGCUAACGGACACCCGUGUGACUGCGGGGUCUUUAUCCGCGGCGUACGACAGGAUCACAACAAUGAUUGGGCGAUUAGUCAUCGCAACUUUGUGCUUACAGACAUUUUAUUUUGGAAGUUUGGAGGCAGCGAAACAGAAUGUCCAACUAUCGGAUUCUUAUUUACCAGUAGCGAUGCAGGUGAUAGCUCAUCUCACUGACCAGAUGGCAUUUGAAGUUAAAGAUGAGACAACGACGAAGCCGCCUAAGCCUAAGCCGACAACGAAGCCGACCACGCCCAAACCUUUAGAUAUAACUACACCCUUCCAUCGGCCCGGAUACUACGCUCCAUCAGCACCACCCAAACCCUCAGAGAGGAUAAAAGCACAGAAGCAGCAACAGUAUAAUUUACCAUUACAAGGUCAACAACAGAACAAUAUUCCUCCACAGAACCAACAACAAUAUAACAGUCCACCCCAGAAUCAACAAUACAAUAUUCCACCACAGGUCCAACAACAAUACAAUAACCAACCAGGAAGCCAACAAUAUAUUACCCCAUUACAAGACCAACAGCAACCUUAUACCCAAUCGCAAUACCAACAAUAUAAUAUUCCAACGCAAAAUCAACAACAAUACAAUAAUCAACCAGGAAGCCAGCAAUAUACUAACCCGAUACAAGACCAACAGCAACCUUAUACCCAAUCGCAAUACCAACAAUAUAAUAUUCCAACGCAAAAUCAACAAUAUGAAAUUCCUCAACAGUACAAUUUUCCACCUCAAGUUCAACAACAAUACAAUUCUCCAUUCCAAAAUCAACCGUUCAACGUUACACAGAAACAGCAAAGCAACUUCUACACGCAACAAUAUAAUCCAUUGAACCAAAAUCAGCAAUAUCCCCAACAAAACCAACAAUACGGCGUCAUGACUUUCGACUUUCCACAAUACAAUCCAAUCCAGCCCCAAAACGUAAGAAGUGAAGAACCAUUAUUGUCUGCGCAUCAUGAUGAAGUUAAGCCUUUAUUAGAACCAACGCCUGAUGCUCCUCACUUAUUACCUCCACAUUUUGAAUCCGACUUCGAUAAGAUUUCAAGUCGUUCUAAAGGAUUUGAUUUGGACGAAAUAUCGGAGGAUAAUCUACAGUUUUUGUCGAAGAAUGUAAGAGAAAUGAUUCGAAUGGCAUACGAUCCACACGAUGACCGUUUGGUUGAUGUCUGGGAAGGUCUAAGAGCGAAUCCAGCGGAACCUAGUCCUAAAGGAAAGCUGUCGUCUUCGAAUCUACGGCUGUUACUGUUGUAUGAUCUUUUGAGUAGAGAAGCGAAGAGACAGAGACUUUCAGAUUACAGUGGCUUCUCACCUGACGUAAUGAAGACAUUAGUAGAGUCAUCUAGUGGAGGUGCUAGAGAACAAUUGAGGAUGGCUCUAUCUAAAAUGGUCGAUCGUCACGAUUGCGAACAUGAAUAUGCGAAUAACCGCGCUAAAGAAAUGGUAGCUGAGCUCGCGAAAGACGAGUCGAAAUUGUCAACAGAGAUCAGAUAUCUGCAACCUUUAGUUUAUAAGUACUAGUGAUUUCAGCAUUUAUUUCGUAUCUGCAUUUAUAAGCUAAGAAUAUGUAAGUUACUAAAUAUAUACAAAGUUUUAUAAAAUGGC